CGGGUUGUGAGUGCAGCCCGCGGGCAAGCCAGAGCGCGGGCCAGUUCUCCUGCGGUGGCCAGGCCUGGGCCUGAACUGUAGUAGCGGCGGCGCUUCCUGAGCUCUGGCACCUCCAACCGCCCACUUUGUUCUGCCUGCAUUACCUGCCGAGGCCUACCCCAUCUCUGCAACCCAGAUGGGCUGGGGCCUCCAUUCAUGCCCAGCCGCUCUCUCACUGUCCUGAGCAGGCCCACCCUUAGGAAGGGUCAUGGAAGGGCCCCUGCAGGAUGCAGAAGAGACCCCGAACACCCAGGGCCAUGCCACCGACUGGAGGUUUGCUGUGUGCAGUUUCAGGGAUGCCUGGGAUGAGGAGGAACCUGCUCCUCAGAUACAGGUUCUGGACCCCUGCCCUCUAAAACCACCAGCAGGGGCAGCCCAGGGCGAAGGGCUAUUGGGCAGCCCUUUGCCCCAGGAGCUUCAGUCACUCCCAGAUGGGAUGGCUGCAGAUGGGUCUGGAGGUGGCCAGAAGAGCACUUUAGGAGGCCCUGCUGCCCAGUCUGAGGAGCCAGCCCCCUGUGCAGGGAAGAGCCUGCUAUGCCACAUAUCCUCCCACCUGAGCCUGGCACAGGGUGAGAGCAAUGGCCCAGGGGGAGGCUUGGGUGAGGACCUAGGUCCAAGCAGGGCAAUGUCAGCUGGCUUGGGCCCUGGGGGAUUGGACAGCAGUCCUGUGGACUUCAGAGAAAAUAUAUCACAGACAUCUUCAAAGCUGCUGGAGGCAGACCCCAGUAGAUCCAGUCUCCCUAAGCCUACGGACUGCCUCCUGGCCCAAGACCUCACCUGGGAGCUGCUGGCCAGUGGCAUGGCUGCCCUGCCAGGAACUCGAGAUGGAGAAGGCCGAGCUGUGCUGCUCCUUUGUGCCCACAACCCAGGCUGGCUUCACCCCAAGUGCAGCAGCCAGGAACUCACCCGCCUCCUGCUCUACCUGAGAAGCAUCCCCAGGCCGCAAGUACAAGUCCUGGGACUGACAGUGCUAGUGGAUGCCCAGAUUUGUUCUCCAAGCUCUUCCCUCUUCUGGGGACUUAACCAAUUACAAGAAGCAGCCCCAGGGUCAGUUCACCAGGUGAUGCUAGUGGGAAAGAUGCCUGAAGAGGUGCCUUCUGGGAUACAGCUGGAGCAGCUGCCCUCUCAUCAGAGCCUGCUGACCCACAUCCCUACCGCGGGAUUGCCCACUUCACUGGGAGGAUGCCUGCCUUACUGCCACCAGGCCUGGCUGAAUUUCCGGAUGCGUCUGGAAGCCCUUCUGCAGUGCUGUCAGGUGGUUUGUGCCCUGCUCCAGGGGGCCAUCGAGGGUGUAAAGGCUAUGCCUCAGCCUACGGAGUCUGUGGAAGUUGGUCAGCUGCUCCAGCAGGUGCAGGGCCUGAUGCAGCAGGUGCUAGAGUCGCCACAGCUGGCAUGGCUACAAAGCCAGGGGGCCUUGGAGCUGGCAUGGCUGAAGCAGGAGGUCCCAGAGGUGACCCUGAGCCCAGACUACAGGCCAGCAGUAGACAGGGCUGACAAGAUGUAUGGCCACGUGGACAGACUGCUGCACCAGCUGACCCUGCAGAGCAACCAGCAAAUACAGACCCUAGAAUUGGUCCAAACGUUGGAGGCCCAGGAGGCCGGACUGCACCAGAUAGAAGCGUGGCUCCAGGAGGUGGGCUGGCCAGCACUGGUGGAGCCAGAGGAGCCCUCGCUGGACGUUCUGCUUCAGGCCCAAGGCUCUUUUCGGGAGCUGGACCAGGUUGCCCAAGAGCAGGUCAGGCAAGGGGAGAAGGUUCUGCAGCCACUGGCUGGCUGGGAGGCAGCUGACCUGGGCCCCUGUGGGGCACGCUUUAUGGCCCUGCGAGCGCAGCUCACUGAAUUCUCCAGGGCUUUGGCCCAGCGGCGUCAGCGGCUGGCAGAAGCUGAGAGGCUGUUUCAGUCCUUCAAGCAGGCCUCCAUGUGGGCCGAGGAGGGCCAGCGGAUGUUGGCAGCGCUGGAGCAGGAGAGCCCGGGAAGCCCGGGAGUUGUGCUGCAGCGGCUGCAGCUGCACUGGGCCAGGCACCCUGACUUGCCUCCUGCCCACUUCCGAAAGAUGUGGGCUCUGGCCACGGGGCUGGGCUCAGAGAGCAUCCGCCAGGAGUGCCGCUGGGCCUGGACGCGGUAUCAGGACACCUGGCUGGCUCUGGAUCAGAAGCUGGAGGCUGCACUGAAGCCACCACCAACAGGCAGCACAGCUAGUCUGUGUGCCAGGAGGAUUCCCCCUGCACCUGCCACCCUUCCCCUGAGGAAGGCCUACAGCUUUGAUCGGAGUCUGGGGCAGAGUCUCAGAGAGCCUGCCCACCACUGCCACCAUGCAGCCAUUGUCACUGCCUGCCAUGGACCAGAGGCUGGAGGAGGUACCCAGCCUGGCCCAUCCACUCCUGUGCCUCCACCAGGCAGCUCUGACCCCAGUAGCCCCAACAGGCUACAGCUGGUGCUGGCGGAGAUGGUGGCCACGGAGCGGGAGUACGUUCGGGCCCUUGACUACACCAUGGAGAACUACUUUCCUGAGCUGGAUCGCCCUGAUGUGCCCCAGGGCCUCCGUGGCCAGCGUGCCCAUCUCUUUGGCAACCUGGAGAAGCUGCGGGACUUCCACUGCCAUUUCUUCCUGCGGGAGCUGGAGGCAUGCACCCGGCACCCGCCCCGAGUGGCCUACGCCUUCCUGCGCCAUAGGGUGCAGUUUGGGAUGUACGCGCUGUACAGCAAGAACAAACCUCGUUCUGACGCCCUGAUGACCAGCUAUGGCCAUGCCUUCUUCAAGGACAAGCAGCAAGCACUGGGGGACCGCCUGGACUUGGCCUCCUACCUGCUGAAGCCCAUCCAGCGCAUGAGCAAGUAUGCGCUGCUGCUGCAGGAGCUGGCGCGGGCCUGCGAGGGGCCAGUGCAGGAGCUCGGUGCCCUGCAGGCAGCCCAGAGCCUCGUGCACUUUCAGCUGCGACAUGGCAAUGACCUGCUAGCCAUGGAUGCCAUCCAGGGCUGUGACGUUAACCUCAAGGAACAGGGGCAGCUGGUGAGACAAGAUGAGCUUAUGGUGCGUGCGGGCCGCCACAAGUCCCUGCGCCGUGUUUUCCUCUUUGAGGAGCUGCUGCUCUUUAGCAAGCCUCGGCGUGGGCCCAGCGGCGUCGACAUGUUUGUCUACAAGCGCUCCUUCAAGAUGGCAGACCUUGGUCUCACCGAGUGCUGUGGGGACAGCCACCUGCGCUUUGAGAUCUGGUUCCGUCGUCGCAAGGCCAGGGACACCUUCAUGCUGCAGGCCUCCAACCUGGCCACCAAGCAGGCCUGGACAAGUGACAUCUCCCGCCUGCUCUGGAGGCAGGCCAUCCACAGCAAGGAGGUGCGCAUGGCUGAGAUGGUGUCCAUGGGUGUGGGGAACAAGGCCUUCCAGGACAUCACUCCCAGUGAGGAAGCCAUCAGCGACCGUACCAUCAACUACGUCCUGAAGCACAGAGACGUUCGCUCCCGGGCCUCCAUUGCUGCAGCCCCAUUUGACUAUGACAACCCCUACCUGGGGGCCUCAAGCUCCCUUCCUGGAGACCCUGCCUCUCGCUCUGUUCUGGGGUCCCUCAACCUGCACCUGUACAGAAACCCAGCUCUUCUGGGCCUCCGCUGGCCCGUGUAUCCCCCCAACUUCCCAGAGGAGGCGGCGCUGGAGGCCGAGGUGGAUCUGGGCAGCCAGCCCUCUUUGACUCCUGAGGACUCAGAAGUCUCAUCCCAGUGUCCGUCAGCCACCAGUGGCUCCAGUGGCUCAGACAGCAGCUGUGUGUCUGGGCAGGCCCUGGGCAGGGGCCUCGAGGACUUAUCUUAUGUCUAAGUCCAGGCUCAAAGGUGAACAGUGGACCCAACAGCCUACAGCUCCAAGAAACAUCACCUCUCUGGAUCUGCUGUGACCAGUCCAUGGCUGGUUCCUCGGUCACCUCCCGCCUAUAUGUGUACCCUGUUGACCACGCUUUCUAAUGUCUGUGGCUAUUGAACAAAGAAGCAUGGGGCCUCUCCAGAGAAGUCUGGCUGCCUCACCUGAGUGAGCAUCCUAACCCCAGGCUCCUGGCCCUGGAUCCCCUUCUCCUGUCCCCUCUCCUGUUCUCACCCCAGCUGUGGGUUAGGGAUAGACUAGGCCAGAGGGUGGGUGUUUCUGUGCCUCGGCUGGUGGGGCACCACCACUAGGCUGCCCCUGUCCCUCGGGAGGAACAUGGGUGGGUUCCCAGCAGCUGCUUCCAAUCCCUGGCCCUAGAGCCACACUCCCCAGACACAGUAGCUACCCACCCAAUGGGCUCCUACCCGGGCCUGCCCCGGCUCCCCAGGCCCAGCCCCUUUCUUCCAAGUUAGU